AUGUCGCUUUCUAUGUUUUCAUUAAAGGGUAAGACCUCUAUUGUCACGGGUGGAUCCGGCGGAAUCGGAUUUGCUAUUGCAAAAUCCUUGGCCGCCGCUGGCUCUAAUGUCGGUCUCUUGUACGGCGGAAACAAAAAGGCUCUCGACUAUGCCCGCGAGCUCCGCGAAACCUAUCAUGUGAAAUCUGAAGCCUACUCUUGCUCUAUCGAAAAGCGCAAUGCUGUCCUUGAAACUACUAACCAGGCAGUCAAGGAACUCGGAGGCCGUCUCGACAUCAUGGUUGCCAAUGCCGGAAUCGCCAUUCCACAUCUUGCCUUGGAAGACGAAAACGAAGACAUUUGGACAAAGGUUGUUAACGUGAACUUGAAUGGCGCCUAUUACACCGCACAAGCUGCUGGCCAUCACUUCAAGAAUCAAGGCAGCGGCAGCUUGAUUUUCACUGCCAGUAUGAGUGGUCAUAUCGCCAAUUGGCCUCAGCAAUGGGCUUCCUACCAUGCUACCAAGGGUGCUGUCAAGCAUCUUUCUCGUGCUCUUGCUGUCGAAUGGGCUCCCUUUGCCAGAGUCAAUUCGGUCUCUCCCGGAUAUAUUGAUACUGACUUGACUCUCUAUGCGGACGAAAAGCUCCGUAAGCAAUGGAAAGAUUUAACUCCUCAAGGCCGCAUUGGAUUGCCUGAAGAAUUGGUCGGUGCUUACGUUUAUCUCGCCUCAGAUGCCAGUUCCUAUUGCACAGGCACGGAUAUUGUCGUCGACGGUGGCUACGUCUCCCGUUAA